GCCUGCUCCACACUAUGGCACGGCUCAGUGCCAGCAUAUUUAAACACCGAUUGUGCCACUGUUCACACUGAACACAUAUCUCAACAAUUACGAUGUCUGCCAGCGAAUACCACGCCGACGCCGAGGCCCCUGUGGUCAUGCUCAGCGCCAAGAAGCACUUCGACAGCUUGCCCACCGAAACCGCCAAGUUAUACGCCCACUACCUCAGUAGAGCCUCCCACUAUGGUACCAGAGCUGUUUUGAGAUCAGUUUCCCCAGAAAGUGAGGAUACCUACGACUUGAUCUUGAAGGUGCACCAAGCAUUGGGCGCCCCAGCAACCAACGAAGCCUACCAAAAGGCCCUUGAGUCCAAGGUCUCCGCCACAGUCAUCCUCCAAUACUUGGAGUAUGCCUCUCAAUUCUUGUCCAACCUUGGUAACUUCAAGUCUUUUGGUGACCAAAAGUUCAUUCCAAGACUCAGCAUCGAGGAGUUUGACCACCUUAUUGAGGCCGUUAACGAUGCUGAUGCUUCUCAAUUAUACAAGAAUGUCCGCGAGGCCCUCUAUUCAUUGGACGCUAGUUUGCUUGGAUGGCCAGAAAAGGGCCAAGUAUCCUCAUACUACCUCGGCCAAACCAUCACUAGACCUGAAAUUGAGGCUGUGAACGAAGUGUUGGCCAAGAACGGAAUCAUGCCAGAAAACACCAGAGUUGAAAAGAAGUCAGACAAGGAGUUCGUGGUCCAUGUUGCUAGUGCUGAGACCACCAACAAGACCAGCUACUACCCAGAGUCUUUAACCACUCCUUCUGGAGCAAGUGUCACUUUCAAGUUCGGUGACCACUCGAAGGAUUUCAGCCAAAUCGUUGCAAGCUUGGAACAGGCUUUGAAAUACGUAAGCAACGAGACCCAAGAAAAGAUGAUCAAGUUUUACAUCGAAUCGUUCAAGACUGGUUCUAUGAAUGCUCACAAGGAUUCUCAAAUUCAAUGGGUCAAAGACCUCCAACCAACUGUUGAAAACAACAUCGGUUUCAUUGAAACUUACAGAGACCCAUCUGGUGUCAGAGGUGAAUGGGAAGGUUUAGUUGCCAUGGUGAAUCAAGAAAGAACUGCCAAGUUCUCAGUGCUUGUGGAUAAUGCCAAGCUAUUGAUUGCCCAUUUACCAUGGGAUUCAAUCUACGAGAAAGAUGUGUUCACUCCUCCAGAUUUCACAUCUUUGGAAGUAUUGACUUUCGCAGGUUCCGGUGUGCCAGCUGGUAUUAACAUUCCAAACUAUGAUGAUGUUAGAUUAAACAUUGGUUUUAAGAACGUCUCUUUAGGAAAUGUUUUGUCUGCUGAGCCAAAGAAGAAGAAGAAUAACGAAGCCCUUAGUUUCCUUAAAGCAGAUGAGGAAGAGCUUUUCAGAAAGUGGAGAGUUGAUGCUUUUGAGGUCCAGGUCGGUUUGCAUGAAUUGUUAGGUCAUGGUACCGGAAAAUUGUUACAAGAGACUGCACCAGGUGUGUUCAAUUUCGACAAAGAAAAGACUGAUGUCAAGUCAUGGUAUGCGCCAAAUGCUACAUGGGGUUCACUUUUCAGUAGUGUUGCUGGUUCUUACGAAGAAUGUCGUGCCGAAUUGGUUGCUUUGUACCUUAUUCUUAAAAAGCCAUUAGAAGUCUUGCCAAUUUUCGAUAUCAAGGAUGAAAAGGAGCAAAAGGAUGUUAUCCUUAUUGCAACUCUUUUGAUGGUAAGAGCUGGUUUGCUUGCAUUAGAAUUUUGGGAUCCAGAAUCAAAGAAAUGGGGUCAACCACAUAUGCAAGCCAGAUUCGGUAUUUCCAAGGUGUUGCACGAAGCUGGUGUCUUCACCUUCGACUUCAAGGAUGAAGAAAACUUUAGUGAUAUGGUCAUCAAUCUUGAUCAAUCAAAGUUGUCCACUGUUGCCGUUGAAGCAUUGGGUGACUUCUUGUUGAAAUUACACGUCUACAAGUGUUCUGGUAAUGUCGAAGCUGGUAUCCCAUACUACAAUGAUAAGACCGAAGUCACCGAGCAAUACGCUCGUUUCAGAAAUGCUGUUUUGAGCAAGAAGUUGCCUCGUAGACACUUGAUUCAAGCCAACACUGUUAUCAAAAGUGGUGAUGUUGAAGUAGUUGAAUACGAAGAAACCGAGGUCGGAAUGAUUCAAAGUUUCGUUGAUAGAGAUGUUUAAAAGUACAACUAGUUUUAUAAUAUUCAGUGUUUAACGUUUUCAUGAUCAAAGGCUGAGUGUGCCCUAUUUACAUCGUAAGCAAGUAUUAGCAUUCGAAUGCCACAGAUUAAGUUUAGCGGUGAUGGAGAAACGCAAAACCCUUGUAUGCAGGCGAAGCUAUUUCCUAAGAGAGCGAGAUAUUAAAG